AAAAAGGAGAAGAGUCAACUCAAGAGCAUCAUGCAAGCAGUAAUAAACAGACGAAGCUAAGUGUCUCAGGAAUGGACCUAAUAUAGAUGUAGUUUUUUUUUAAAAAAAAAGGGGGAAAAGAAAAAAGAAAAUGGAAUAACGCUUAGAUUUAUCAGUGAGAUAACUCAAUGAUAUCUGCAGACCCAAUUUAUUUUUUAUUUAAGCAUUGUAGGAAGAAUGGCAAGUGCAUCCUCAAAGGAAGGCAAAUGAGUUUCAACAAUUUCUCACUCCGAUAUUUAUUUUUGUCAAAACACCAAAAAUCCCUUGGUUUGAGUGUAUGGGGGCUAUCAAAAGGCAAGGGCCAGACCGGGUUGGUUUACUCCUUUCUUUCAAAGGGAUUGUUAAACUUUUUUUUUUUGAAAAAAAAACCUUCCAAAUUUUAUUAUAUCGUCUACCGUUAACCAUGUCAGGAACUUUACCAGAACCAUCAAAUACAGAAAAUUAUCAGAGGAUACCUUUUCAAUUUAUAGAAGAGUUGUCGUCUAAAAAUGUAUUUCUCAAGCUACCCGAAGCCUUCUCACCAUUUGAGAGGAUGAUACUUCAAGCAAAUGGAAAUUUACAAAGAAUUUUAUCUGCUUAUUAUAAUGUACCUAGUCAGGUGGAGAUACUUAAAAACGAUGUGGUUCAAAAUACAGAAUCACAACAUAUCCAAUUUGAGAGAAAGAUUGCUAUGCAUUUUGAAGGAAAAUAUGCAUAUGAAGCAGAAUCUAUUCUGUUAGUCAAGGACAGUAAUGUGUUGGAAUUGAUUGAAAAGCAUAAAUAUGGGCUUGGCCAAAUUUUUGGUCACACUCGCAGGUCUCCCGAUUUCAUUUUGCAUGCUGUGGGCAGACAUGGCAAUGCACCAGGUGCUAGUUUCUGGCGCGACUAUAGUUUAACUAUACCCGAUGUGUUGGAUUGUUUCAUUAGAGAAACCUUUGUCGAAAACUUGUUUGAAAAAUAUACUGGAGAUGUUCAAGAUGGAGCCAUAUGGUUUAAUACCUCUCCUACCUCACCAAGAUCAUCACCCUUAUAAUCAAUUACCCUUCGCAUAUUAAUACAACUACUGAUUCUUUUUUCUUGACAAAAUAAUAAAUCUUUCAUGAGCAGAUUUUACAGAGAGUUCAUGGAUUUUAAAAAGGGUAAUCAUACGGCGUUUCUUUUUUCCGGCUUAGGUUUUUUUUGUUUUGUGUGAUUUUUAGUAAGGAUAAUAAAU